AUGGUACAGUUGGAAAACUAUCUGCGUAUUGGAGCCACGCAAGUCGUGUACAAGUCACUCGUUCGUCUAGCUUGGAUUGGUGUACGACCGUCCUCCAAUGCUGUUGUACUGGCGAACGUGGAAGGACUGUUUGGGGAACUAGUCGAACGUGGCGAAAUCCGAACACUUUUCCGUGUUCCAUCGUCAGAGCUAUACGAUGUCAAGUUCAGUGGGGAGCAGGUUCUCGUGCUAACGUCCGAACAUGAACUGUUCGUGGAUGGACAUGGCCUAGCGAAUUCAGUAACUUCGUAUUUGAUAUCUGACGACGUAUGCAUCUACAUCACACUACACCACAAACUACACCUGAUAUCGUUAGCGACACGGCAGCAACUUGGAAAAGAGCGAGCUGUGGAACUGGGAAGUCAGUUGAUUACCUGUGCGAUGGAUACUGGAGUGGUGAUGCAGAUGCCUCGCGGGAAUCUUGAAACAAUUCAUCCCCGACCGUUUGUUAUACGUGUUAUCAAACAGCUUCUGGACGAUGGAAAAUUUGUGGAAGCUCUUAAACAGAUGAAAAAACAUCGCAUUGAUAUGAACUUUAUAGUUGAUUACAAGCCUGAGAUGUUCAUAGCGAAUAUCUCAAAAUUGGUUACGCUGGCCAAGGAUGUGGAACUCGUCUGUAUUCUCGUUGCUACGCUUUCUAAUGAGCGAAGUAUGUGGUGUGAUGGAGAGGUCCUGAACAACAAGGUUAAUCGGGUUACGGAGCUGCUUGCUGAAGAGGUUCUAAAUCUCCCCGAUGAUCGACGUCUGGAUAUGUUCGUCGUCUUACUCUCGGCUCUUCUGAAAUCGUCUCCUCAGCAGGUGGAAAGAGCGUUACGGUGCAUCAAAAAGGAGACUGAUAAAAUGUCACUCGAGAAACGUGAUCUGUACACACGUAAAUGGAUCCAUCAUGUACGGUUCUUCGUAGACGAAGCAAGGCUUUUCAAUGCAGCAUUAGCGACAUAUGAUCUCAAUCUUACCUUACAGGUUGCUGAAGUAUCGAAUCGUGAUCCAAAGGAGUACGUUCCUAUACUCAACGAGUUUCGAAAGGUGGAACCUGAAGAUUAUCGGAAGUAUCGAAUAGAUCUGUAUCGAUCAGAUUGGGAAUCGGCAUUGAAACAUUUGUCCUACCUUGAUGACAAAUGGGAUGAGGUCGUGAAAUUGAUUCGCGAGAAAAACCUGUACUCAACUGCAUUGGUUCUCUUCAGGGAAUCAGCGAAAUAUAAGGAUUUGUGUUCACUCUAUGCUGCAGUACUGGAAUCGAAAGCUCAAUGGGAUGAAGCCGCUCUGUUGUAUGAGAAAGCUGGGGAACAUGGAAAGGUGUUACGUUGCCUUGAAAUGAUGGGAAAUAUCGACCGGUUUGUUUCUCGAGCGCAUCAUCUUGGAAUUUCGGAAGAGCUCAUAGAAAAGUCUUUGAACAAGAUGGCUAUUAAGUUGAAGGCAACUGGACGAUGGUCAGAAGCAGCGAAGGCGCUGAGAAUGAUGAAGGCUUCUCCGGAGCAAAUGAUAGAGGCAUAUUCGAAGGCUGGUGAAUGGAUGAAUACAGUGGAGGCCGCAAAAAGUUCCGGAGGUAUCGGGUACAGUCCAGUGAUCUUGGUACGAGUAAGUGUUAAUUCAGAUAUGCUAUCGGUGAAAAGUCUACUCGUCGAUCGUGCCCAUGCUAUACUCAAAGAGACUACUACCAGAUCAGAACAAUUCCAAAAUUAUACAAAACGGCUUGAAGUAGUUCGUGGCAUCAAAAAAGACCGAAUUGCGAAUUUGAAAGACGGUAUCGAGACCGGUGCAGAUCUUGAGGCUUCGGACUUGUUUUCGGAAACGGGGAGUACGUACAGCAUGGCCAGCAGAAGAACUGGGAAGACUGGUGUGAGUCGAGCGAGUACGACUGCAUCUGUGCGCAAGAGAAAGCAGAUUGAUAGGAAGAAGCAGUCGUUAAAAGAGGGUGGCGAAUACGAAGAUGCGGCUCUUCUCAUAGCUCUGGCCUCACAUUACAAAUGGCUGGAUGAAAUCACAGCCGAAUUGAUGCAACUGUUACCUGCUUUGGUGCAUACUGAUGAAAUAGCGCUGGCAAGUUCGACGCAACACGCCGUAGACCAGUUUUUCAACGAUCUCAUCGCUAGCCGUUUCCGAAUAUGGCCCAAUAAGCUGCAUCCAUGGGAUCUUCCCGGACCAAUAUAUGCGUUGUACAACAUAAAUGAUGUGUUUACUUUCCCUGCUGAUGGAGGAAUGCCUGAAGCUAUAACAAUAGAACCUGAAAUGGUUGCUCCUACGAUGGAUACGAAUCGGAAAUGGAAGAUGGAGAUUCUGUCAUGA